UACUGUAUCUUUGAUAACUCCAGGAGGAGGGCGGCUCCUGGAGAUUAAACAUGAUCAGACGGAGCGGUUGACCGGGUGGGGCUCAGGGUCCAGAGCCCAGGCCGGUGUCUCCAACAGCCUGAGAGAGGACUGUGGGAAGGGUUUUCCGGGCGGCAGUGUGCGCGAGCGAGUGAAGGAAACGGUCGUCGCUCCCACUCCGUCCAUCUGGCACCGCAGUCAACCUCUCAGCAAAAUGUCCUCGGACUUCGAGGUUUACGAGCAGGACUUCGGCACCUUGACAGCAGAGAUCACCAAUAAAGUGGGGAGGAUACCGAAACUGUCUGGAGAUGACAAAAAAAGUAUGGUUGCAAAUGUGGAAAAGCAGAUGGAAGAAGCUCGGGAACUGCUUGAACAAAUGGAUCUUGAGAUACGGGAGAUACCACUCCAAAGUCGUGGCCUAUUCAGCACACGAAUGAAAAGCUAUAAACAGGAAUUGGAAAAACUUGAUAAAGAUUUUAUCAGUAAUUCCAUGCCAGAUGUUGGAACCAUUGAAAGCAGCAGCAGUCUUACCAUCGAUAAAAUGAAAAAGACCAAGAAAGAGGAAAAGGGAAGAGCUACAUCAGAAUCAGGGGGCUGUAACUGUGUACAAGCAAGCUGUGCAAGUGGGGAAACAGAGUUUUCGGUGACUCGACUAGUCUACCAGGAAAUGAUGUACAGAAGGCAUUGCAGUUACCUCCCGAUAUGUAAACUACUGUACAGAAUGCUUUUUCACCCCGUUAGAGAAGCCAUCACGUCCAACUUCUAUCUCCUGUAGGUCGAUCUGCAACCAGUAGGCUUAGGAGGAAGCAUUCUGUAUGUGGAACUGAAGGUUGCAGCAAAAUCAGAGCAUUUCCUCACCACCAGCUUCUUUGCUUAAUGGAAGUCUUGUUUGGCAUCUUCCAAUUCAGAACACAAGUGCAUUUGUGAGGUUAUAGAUACUGUUUACAAGAAAGCAGUUCAGUUGGAUCAUUCCACUAUAGAUCCAGACAGCAACUCACUUGAGAUGUGGAAUAUGCACCUAUUACUGGGUUCUGCCGGGUACAUGAGGUAAUCUGUCAUACACACAUGGUGCUUUGAGCUGCUUGAUAUAAGCCAUCCAGAUUCCUGAACACACAGAAAUUUAUUUCUUCACAGACUAACAAUUCCUGUAGGGGUGGACUUGCUUUUUAGGGAACUGUUGGAACAUUUACAUUCUACACAACUGCCAAGUGCCACAAAUGUUUAUGCCCCACAUCAUCAGGUCUGGUUCAUAGAUGACCAGGGGAAGCCUCAGAAAGAAUGGCGAAUAAACCCAGAGCAAUUCUCUGGCUGAUGGCAUACAAUGCAGCACCUGCUUGUAUUUUUGAUGAUGGGCUUCCAUUGCUUGGACUACGAAGGUGGAGCACUGCAAUACUCAUGGGCAGGGUCUCCAGAAUUGUGGUUGUUUACUGUGCAUUGCACGACCUAGCUCAAAGAUGGAGUGAGAACAUACUAAAAGUGGAGCAACGACCUGUCGCCUCAGAUGUGGAAGAAAGGGAGUCUGUUGGAACUGUUGAUAGAGGAAGCUGGAGCAGUGGUAAAAUGAGGCAGGCAGACAAAAGAGAACACGAUAGUGACUAGUUGUGAGAACUAAUGACUUUGCGUGAACAUUUUCUGCACACUUAGAAGUAAUAGCUAGUUGUGAUGCAUAUGCCUUGGUGCCCUCAUUGAAAUGCUUGUUUUAUUACUGUGAAACUUUAUGAUGUUUUGCGUGUCAUAAAUUGGAAAAUUUCUUUUUUUUUUCUUUUGCUCCAAUAACUCCUGUUCAGUGGAUAGAGCAUCAGAAUGAAAUUCUGUGGGCUAACAUGGGACUGUGCUUUUAACGCACAGGCCAUUGUUUGCAAGCGAUAUUAAUCUAUCAAGAGUGAUGCAAAAAGGAUACAUUAUGCUAAUUGGCACAUACAACACAACCAUGUAACUUAUGUUGCUCAUUUUCAGCAAAUUUCCAUCUGUGAGAUGAGACGUAUAUAUAAGAGCAUCAGCACUCUUCACAGUGCCAUACCUGAGGGCCUUGUGAGCAUCUGAAGUGAUAAUUCCUUUCUAAAAUACCAUGAGGGGCAAUGCAAAACUGUUAGGUACAAAAAGAUUGUACAGGAAGGUGGAAAGUGCUUUUGUAUUCAUUUGCAAAAAGUUGACUCAUCUGUACAUGAAGUGUCUUCAAUAUUCUUUCAUUUUUUUGGUUCCUGCCAUUGUGUUUGGGUGUUGUCUUGGCUACACUGAAUUGAUGAUAGCCUGCUGACUGCUCUGUUGCCUCAUCCCUGAGAGUAGAUUGUCCCUGCACUUGAACACACCCUGAAGGAGCAACUCAAGAGUUUUGUGUUUUCUGCAUCAUUUGCAAGUUUGGGUGUGGGUGAAGAUAUCUGGUCCAAUGAUGUUCAUGGAGUUCAGUGAGUGAGUUUUAAAUAUGGUAUCUGAAAGUUGGAGCCUGGAAGGUCCCAAGAGGGACCAGAGCUUUCUGCUUGUCUGCCUGUAAAAUCUGGCAUUUUACACGUGCAUGCAGAUGUAAUGAGCUUUGAAGAAUGUAAUUGUGUAAGAAAACCUAACUUGCCAACUAAGUGGAAGCAUCACCUGCUUUUUGGAACUGCAGUGACACUUAGGCUUGCAAGAGAAAAUUCCACCCAUUAUUUCUUGCUGAGAUUUUGCUUUGCUUUGUAGUCUCUUUUAAUACUUGGACAGGUAAAAUCUUCUACUAAGACCUCUUCUUUCCCCUCUUGAUCCGUCUUGUGGUAGCUUUCGCUGGUUAAUGUGCCUUCUGCUUAUUCUGCUAGCCAUGCUGUAUUCCAAGGGAAAUAUUUGAGACUGUAUCCUCAGCAGAAACAACUGAUUUGUGCAGAAACCUUGAAGUCAGAAAUGGCUCCUUCCAGAACUGCUACAUAAUUUGCUGAAGACUUUUGGAAAUUUAAUGAAUUAUAGGAAGCAACAAACAUCUACAGAAAUGUAGCAACAGCCAAUGGAAAUUGAUCAACAUUAACUUGAAAGUAGUAUCUGAUCUCUCAAUAAUAUGGGCCUUGAGGUUCAACCUCUUUUGAAUGAGUGGACGACCUCUACCAACGAGUAGUUGCUACUGAUCCCAACUUCUCACUGUCUAAGUAUGUUGCCUUUAAAGAAUUGUGCACAGCAGCCACAUAGCACAAUCUCCACACACAUCAAAGAGUGUUAUUGAAUUUUAGCUGUAUCUGUGACAAGCAGUUUGGUUGACCUCCUCUGACCUCUACUGGAUUUUCAGUAAGAGAUGUCCUCAUAUAAUUUAAGGUGAACUAUUUUAGGAAAAUCUAAUGAAGUCUAAAGAAAAGAACAAAGGGAUAGAAUCAAGGACAUACAUUGGUCUUCAAACUUCAAAAUGUGUACGUCCUUUUUUUGCUUUUUGCUUUGAUUGUAAGAAUCAUUCCAAUUAAAUUUUCUAAACA